UCUGUAAGAUCUCCCAGAAUAUGGCAAAGCCAACCCGUCUACCAGCCUCACUAGUUACUACAUAGUACAGGACCAAGGCACUUGGCUUCAGACAUCACUCAGAGGAAAUAUACGAAAGCUUGGACAAUAUAUAUCUACGUGAUUAAUGUAUCUCUUUAUAUGAAAGUGUGAUUUAUUUUUUGAUAAAAAGAAAUGGCUGAAGUUUCAGAUUCUAGGUUACCUAAGAAUGUUGUUAUAGCAUUUGAUGGCAGCGAUCACGCGAAACACGCACUGAAAUUUUAUGCCGAAAAGUUGCACAUGCCCGGUGAUCACGUGUUCCUUGUGUACAGUGUCGAGGUCAGUGACGUCAUACAGCAAGGUAAAGUUCAAUCAGCGCCAUUUAACAUGGACCCUGAAGUGUUCAAAGACCUCGUACAGAAAGAAGUCAAACGAAUACAGGGGGAGUUAGUAGAGUUCGCCAAAUAUCUCCGAUUAAUGAAGUUGGAAGGAACAGUUAAAAGCACACACGCAGAAAAACCAGGAGAAGGAAUUCUUAAUAUUGCAAAAGAAGUUAAUGCGUCAUUGAUCAUCACCGGAAGUAGAGGACAGAGCAAGUUGCGCAGAACGUUCCUGGGCAGCGUUAGUGACUACGUCAUGCACCAUUCCCCAGUUCCGGUCCUUGUAUGCAGAAGAGAGAACUAACAUUGGUUGAUAUUUUCGCGCGUAAAAGCUGUUUCGCAUAAGGAAUGUGUUCACAAGAAUUUGUCCGCAAAAGUCUUAAAUAUGGGUAUUCUGAACUGCCUCUUUUUGUUAUUUGUUCGUUUAUGUCUCUUAUUUUUUAACGCCUUUUUAUACAAAUAUUUAUGUUGACUUCGCAUAUUCUACAUAUUUAAUAUUCUGAAUAAAAUUGAUAAGAUACAA